AGGCAGCUUUUAUACCAAGCCAAGCCCCGCGCGAUCUCCGCUGCCCCGCCCCAGACGGGAGCGCGACGAACUCCCAUAAGACAGCCUGUGAUUGGCUCCGUGGUGCCCCACCCCCGCCGCGCUCUGCGUGCGCCUGCACGUCUGGCGCCAGCCGCGGCCCGGGAAAUCUGCGUCACCGGAAAAGCGGCUGUAAACGUUCGCGUGUCGGGUCCGCGAGUCUCGCAGCUUGGGACACUGGUUCUCCCACGCCUGAGGCCGACGUCGCCAGGACUGUGGGGUCGGGGAGACUCGGCUGGAAACGUCUUCCAAAUAAAGUUGUUUGUCUAACUGCGUGUGGGUGUUCUUGGAGCCCCAUCCCGCCUAUCAGCCUGGCAAGUGCAUCUCUUCAUGCUGUGUUGGGGAGAACCCUAGCGAGAUGCCAUCUCAGCUCUACUUGGACACAAGGAUAGGAUGGAGGAGGUUGGCAGGUGACGCUUAAGGUCGGACACUUCUUAAGUGGCAGAGCCGUAUUGGGAACAGUCAUCUGGCCAAGCACACCUCAGGUAAAUGCUACACUCGCAGAGUGGCGGGUAUGAUCUCAACCUCUUCACCAGCCCUCCUGACUCCAACUUCCUGUGCACCGUCUGCCAUGGGGUUCUCAAGAGGCCAGCGAGGUUGCCAUGCAGCCACAUCUUCUGCAAAAAGUGCAUCCUCCAGUGGCUAACCAGACAAAAGACCUGUCCGUGCUGCAGGAAACCGGUGAAAAGGAGAAAGAUCAUCCACGAGAAUAAACUCCGGAAAACCAUUAGCCGCCUGGAAGUCAAGUGCAAGAACGCCGAUGCCGGCUGCAUGGUGACAUGCCCCCUGGCCCAUCGAAAAGGGCACCAGGAUUCAUGCCCCUUCGAGCCAAUGGCCUGCCCUAACGAAGGCUGCACCUCAAGGGUCCCGCGUGGGGCCCUGGCUGAGCACCGGAAGCAUUGCCAGCAAAGGGCCCAGCAGCGCUGCCCCCUGGGCUGUGGGGCCACCCUGGACCCAACCAAGCAUGUUCACCACAACUGCUACCGCAAGUUGCACAACGCCUGGAGCGCGCGCCAGGAGCGCAGUCGGACCCUGCUGCUGUGCCUGAUGAGGCGUGUGCGCCGGCUGCACCGGGCCACCAGCAUUGUCCGCCGAGAGCUGGCGGAGCUGGGCAACUUCCUGGAGGAAGACACCGCUCUACUGGAGGGCACCCCACGGGAGGAGGCCGAGGCCGAGGCUGUCCCAGAAGGCAGCUUCUGGGCUGAGAGGGGGGUGCUCAGGGCCAAGGUACCUUGUAAAUAA